GAGGGAAGGAUAAACGCGAAGGGGAGAACAGGAGACGAGCCGAGACGUCCAGAGGAGGAGUCCAGCCGGAGGGAAGCCGAGACGCCCAGAGGAGGAGUCCAGCCGGAGGGAAGCCGAGACGCCCAGAGGAGGAGUCCAGCCGGAGGAGCCCAGCCGGAGGGAAGCCGAGACGCCCAGAGGAGUGUCCAGUAGGAAGCCAGCCCGGAGAGGUCCAGCCGGAGGAGCCCCAGCCGGAGGGAAGCCGAGACGCCCAGAGGAGGAGUCCGGAGGCCGAAGCCCGGAGGAGGAGUCCCAGGAGGAGCCGGUCCAGUCAGCCGAGACGCCCAGAGAAGGAGUCCAGCCGGAGGGAAGCCGAGACGCCCUGA